CCUACAUAUCUCACCAGUGAAAAAAAAUCAUGCAUUUUUCAGGCAAAUUUAUUGUAAAGAAACAAUAACAUCAGAACCAUAACAUUUUGUGCAAAUAAGUGAAAAUAUUUCCAUAGGCUAAAAAUGCCGCUUUUUGGCUGGAUGAAGUGGCCCAAAAACGAUUCCGACAAACCUGCACACUGUCCUGGCUCAGACGUGGUGACAAAGACUCUGUUUCGGGAAUUAAGAUGGCACUUAAAGGAGCGAGAGAGAUUAAUACAAGAAAUCGAAAAUGAACAAAGAGUGAAAAAAACAGGUGUGGAUUACAACUGGCUCAGAAGCUACCAGAACCCCCACAUAACUAUCCCGGUGACUGAACAAAGACAACUUGAAGUUCUCUGCUCACAAGUUCAACCUUGCCAAACUGGAACUAUUCUCAGCAGAUUUCGAGAAGUUCUGGCUGAAAAUGAUGUAUUGCCAUGGGAAAUAGUCUGCAUCUUCAAGCAGGUUCUGACAGACUUCCUAAGCAGCCCUGACAGAGGGAGUGAGCAGGAGGACCCGGAGGACUCAGGGAGCGUGGACUGCCUUGCUCCUUCUGCCAUCCCAGGUGAAAGCUCCAAGAGGGCAGACAAAGACGAAAUACCCACGAUUUCCAGUUACGUAGACAAAAACACAAAAGACAGGUUCCCAGUGUUCUCACACAGAAUAUGGAACCUACCAUAUUAUCACCCAUCUAGUUAAGUGACUUAUAACUAGAGGAGUUUUUGUGACCACCUUAGAAUCAGAACUCUUACUAUUAAGAUAAAGUAAUGUAACUUUAAGUUUCUCCUCCUUGCAAGGUCGGUAUCCUGUGGAUGUGUCCUGUGUUUUAAACUGUAUUCUUUUUUUCAACCACUCUAAACAGGCUAUGUUUUCACUGAAUAGUAGCUUUUAACUAAAAUGUUUCCUAAAUAUUUUGAAAAAAUGUUUCAAGUAUUUUCCUAUACCUCAAAUCCACCUCACAGGAACUAAAGUAACUUUAUUUAGUAUGAAGUUUGACAAAUUCUGUACAAAACUUAAGAUAUUUACCUUGACUUUUAUUCCAAAAGGAAGCUAUGUAUAGAAUUAAAUAAAUGAUUAAUGUGAAUCUUAUCUUUACAAUAUAACAAAAAUGAGACAUCAACA